UCACGCGGGGCCUGGCGACCGCCAUGAAAACAUGACGUAAACUUGCCGUGUGCACUUCUAAGGCCAAAAUAGGAUGUGAAUUGUACUUGAACUCAACAACACUCCCAUAAGACCUAUUGUUUCUCGAUAUAAUCUAUUUCCCAUUACUUUUUAUCUUUAGAAUUCUUUGAACUAUAUAAGUGAAACCGGGGACUGGGGACAAAUAUGACGACAGCGGCAAUCGUCGCUAUACUGUGGUGCCUCGUCACCGUGACCACGUCCUCUGGAACUUUAGAUGAGUCUGUACAAAACAUAGAUGGCGACACGGAAGAUGGCUAUACAAAUGUUUGGGCCGUGGAAAUUGCAGGCGGCGAGGAUGUAGCAAGGCGACUGGCACUAAAGCAUGGGUUUGAGCACAUAGCAAAGAUAUAUGAUGAUUACUACAUGUUUGAACACAAGGACGUCCCGGACUUUGAUCGGUAUUCCAGUGAAGAGAAGCAUGGAACUCUUAGCUCCGAUCCGGAGGUAAAAUGGUUGAAACAGCAGAAAGUGGUGAAGCGUUCCUUGUUUGGACAGACUCCUGGAGGAACUUUGGGUGUACAUGACGAUAGAUGGCGCGAUCAGGAGUGGUACCUUAACAACACGGUGCUCGGUAUGAAUAUCGUGGAGGCAUGGGAACGUUGCCGCACAGGUCAAGGGGUCAACGUCGCCGUGGUGGAUGACGGGAUUGAUUAUACUAAUUACGAUCUCGCGAGAAAUUUCGAUUUGUUUAACAGUUACGACAUGCAGGUGGACAGGAAAACCCCCAUGCCGGGCAUUGCAAGCGACAGCCAUGGUACCUCCGCCGCUGGAAUAAUAGGGGCUGAAGCCAACGACUUCUGUGGAGUAGGGAUUGCCUUUGACGCAAACGUAGCAGGUAUCCGUAUCUUUGGCAAUAAACGCAUCACAGACGCUCUGGAAGCACGCGCGCUGACGUACAACAUGGAGACUGUGGACGUGUACUCCUGCAGCUGGGGCAUGGCGCGGACAGGGUUCGAUCUGAAAGCCAUUGGUGAGCUGUCCAAGGGUGCCAUGAAAAAGGGAGCAACAGAGGGCCGCGGUGGAAAGGGGUCCAUUUACGUAUUUGCAUCAGGUAAUGGUGGUACCAAUGACGAUAGCUGCGCGUAUGACGGGUUUGCAAACAGUAUCUACACCAUUCCAGUUGGCGGACUCACUCAUAGAGGGCGCAAGUUGCCAACAGGUGAGAAGUGCAGCGCCAUGAUGGCGACGGCAUACAGCAAAAGCAGCAUGGAACCGAACAGAUGGUAUGAUAAGAUAUUCACCACUGGGUACGGACAGUGGACGUGUGCAGACGACUUCGGAGAAUCGUCUGCUGCAGCUCCCAUGGUCGCUGCAGUAAUAGCCUUGGCCUUGGAGGCAAACCCAUCUUUAACAUCACGUGACGUCAUGCACCUGAUUACAAGAAGCGCCAGAUCCGACUUUGCAAGAUACGACCCUGACUCCGGGUGGUUUGUAAAUGGUGCUGGUUUCCAUGUCAGUUCCACCUUUGGCUUUGGGUUGCUGGACGCUGCAAAGAUGGUGGAUUUUGCUGAGCGGUGGCAAAAUGUCCCCGAGCAGACAAAGUGCAGCAAACAGAUGACGGGUAUCAACGGAAAACUGCCAGGCACAACUACUGUCGACUUCAAGAGCUGUGAUAUUAAGUUCGUAGAGCACGUGGAAGUGUUCGUCUUCGUGUACUUUGCCGGACGCGGGUAUGUGAAGAUGGAACUGGAGUCUCCGGUUGGAACGCGGUCACUCAUGAUUCCCGGACGCAAAAAUGACCUCUGGUCCAGGUACCUUGAGUUGAACGUGUCCAGUGUUCAGUUCUGGGGCGAGCAGGGCACAGGAGAUUGGAAAGUCCAUAUUGGCAGCAUCUAUCCUGACCAAAAUCACACAGGGACGCUGUUUGACUUAACCGUAAACAUCUAUGGUACCAAGGAUGGUUUCCCAGUGAAACUCAGCACCACAAAUAACAACACGUGCAACCAAGGUGUUGUCAGUGGGUUUGUCCCCACUCCAUAUCCGCCAUCACGGGCCAGACCCACAGAUGUCCAUCGUCCCACCCCGGCCCCUUCGACCACAAUGGCGCCAACCGUCACGAGCACAAGGCAACCUGAGUCCACCACCAAGAAAACGUUAUCUUCUUGCCGUUGUUCGUUCUUGGACACAAUACAGUCGUAUAAGUUUAGGCUUGUUUCUGGCAGUGUUGGACUAGAAGUGAGCUGCCCUACAGACCUUACUACCACUCAAUAUAGCACGUGUACAUUUAUUUCUUCGCCACUCAAAGGAUGGCCACCGGGGAAUCAGGCUUGUAACUGUUCCUCCGUAGAUUUAAACACGGACACGGGCACGUGGCUUGUCACCUACCCAGACGUAGAAUUCCGGCUACAGGUUCUCUGUCCUGUUGGGCGGUCGAACGGAGGAUGCUUUGCCAAAGAGGCACCUAUUGGGUCUCUCCCGACUCCCAGUGCUGCUGCACCCACCUCGACCGCGUCCACCAUAACUACCACCACGGGAAUGCCCGGAUGUAAGUGUGCCCUGAGCGCUGACAAUCCCGACCGCUUCCAAAUUUACUCUGAAGGUUUAAGCUAUGAUGUCACUUGUGUGAAACACUGGGGACCCUCCUCUUACCUCGUAUGCCCCUCCCUGACGUCUUUUAUCCCUGUUUGGAAAGCUGAAAAUGAAAGCACGUGUGUGUGUCGCCGUGACAUGUUCGCGGGCUCGUGGGAGUUGGUCUUUACAAACCUGGCAGAAAUCGUGGAUGUAGUUUGUCAACGAGGCAACUGUUUUGUCAGAAUGACACACGGCCCGACCACUGCUCCACCCAUCACUACCACAGUGAAAACUACCACCACCCCUUCCCCUCCAACCACAACCUCUUCCAAAGCUACGUCAUCCUCUGUCUGUAAAUGUUUCCUCUCCAACACGGCGUCUCUGGGCUCCAACAAAUUCAAAAUUAUGGUGAACCAGAAAUCUCUGGCGGUUACCUGCCCUCGGGCCUUGAGUCCCCCCUUCACCUUGUGCACUUAUGUCAUUUCGACGCUGGUAGGGUUUCCGCAAAACCCCACCAACUGUGCGUGCAACGUUACCAAUAAACUCCCCACAGCUACAACGUGGACAAUACACUUCCCUCAUUUCCCCACAAAGGACGUGUUUGCGAUGACGUGUCCUCUUGGGUCAGGGGCAUCUGGUGGGUGCUUUGCAAGACCAAUAUUCAGGCUUACCACCACUCCUCUACCGACCACCAAACCCACAACUGUCACCACCCCAACUGAGUCAACCCCGACCCCAAUUUCAACCUCAAAGACUACAGUCAGUUCAACAACACCCACAGUAAAGCCAGAGAGCAAUUGUCAGUGCUACUCAGUUGAUUCCGGAGACUGGGGCCAAUUUAAAAUUUCCUUCUCCGGCUUAACCUACCUAAUCUCCUGCACAGAACCCGGCGUGAAACAUGUGUUAGCACGCUUCUGCACUUUCCUGAGCAUCAACCCUGAAUCUUUACCGCAAAACGGCUGCAAGUGUUCGUAUAAAGCUGCCUAUCAGGGAACUUCGAGGCUUGAUAUUAAAUUCCAAAGCGGGGCAUCUUUGGGGCUGUAUUGUCCCGUAGAUCGCAAACAGGGAGGGUGUGCGGUUCAGUUAGAGGGGGUUGUUCCCAGCAUAGGUACCACAAAACCAGCAGGGUCAAAACUGAAAACAACCUUUGCACAACCAAAAACAUCAACAACACCAACGCAGUUGCCAUCAUCAUCAACAUCAACAACAACAACAACGACGUCGACAACGACGACUUCACUGCCUCCCAAAGACUGCGCUUGUCGGCUCCUAACCUAUAGUGCAAACGGUGAAAAAUACGAAUUUCUUUUAGCCACUUUCUCUCAGGACCUGUACUAUCAAGUGCAAUGUUCAAGAGGUUUGUGGGCCUCAAUCAGCUGUUCUUACCAGAAGAAGUUCCCGUAUGAAUUAAAUUUGACCUACAUGCAGCAAAACGAGUUCUGUUCAUGCAUGUCUACCGGGAAUUGGUAUACCUCAAGUUCUUGGGACGUUUCCUUUCCCUAUUACUCCUUCCAUAUUAAAAUGGUUUGUAACACCGUGUAUGAUAACGGUAGGUGCUGGCUUAGGACUACGUUCUAAGGAAAAUUCCAGGUGUUUGGAAGCUUGGAGUGACUUUAUUGAACACUAUUAAAUACAGGGUAAAGAAGCAAAAAGCUCAGUAAUCUGUGACUUUUCUGACAAUAAUAAUAAUAAUAAUAAUAAUAAUAAUAAUAUUGUAUCAGAAAAUCAUUACCUAAAGGUUAAAUUUUGACAUGAUUGUGGUAAAAAGAUCAGUCAUACAUAAACGUGUAGAACAUAAAAUACUGAUAAGAAAUUUAAUGAAAAUUAUAAAAAUUAAAAAUAAGGUGCAUGUCUUGCUGGUUUUGCGUUCUCCACGUCGCAUUAAAUGGAUCAAAUAUAUAUAUAUUCUUAUUAUACAGACCGUAGAGAGACACUGGAAUAUCUUUUGUUUGUUUCGAUAGCAGCAUCAAUUUCGCCUAUUUUCAAAAACAAAUUAAUUGUUGUAAUUUAAUUUGGGGUUCAUCAGCUCCUCUCAGUAACACGCACAAUCAUUUAAAGAGCAUAAUUCCACUUCAGACCAGAUUUUUUACCCAGUUCAAAACUAUCGGACUGCUUCUAAAUCUCUUGUCCCGUACGAGGUUCCCCACCCCCCCAUCCCACCCCCUUUUCUUCCCCUACCCCCAAUGAAAUUAAUUUCAUAUUUGACAGAGAUAAUUGCGCUCUCUGAUUAUGCUUUAAAUGUCACUUUUCGUAAUUCAUUGAAUGAUUAUUAUUUCUUUAAUGUGUGUACAUGUUUCUAGCUUAUCUUAUUAUUGUUUCGAUUCAAAACGUAAUUAUAUUUGAUAACAGUAAAUGGGGAAUAAAUGAAUUUUCGGCCAGCACAUUAGUUGUUUUACUUCUAUUCAUUUCUUAAAUAUUUAUUUUUUUCUUAAAUGUAUAUACCUAUUAUAACAUUAACGAUUCAAUUAAUUUAAUGCCGUGAACGUAUAAAUUCAGUAUUUGGAAAGAAUGGAAAUAUUAAUGGACUGGUUUAUUUCAAAAAGAAAAA